AUGGAGCGAGUAAUGCUGAAAAUCAGCCUGAGGGAUAAAAUCCAAAACGAAGAGAUAAGGAAAAGAACAGGAGUUGCCGACGUGGUUGAACGAGCAAGUAGACAAAAGUGGCAAUGGGCGGGACAUGUUGCGAGAAGCAACACCAAAUGGACCAAAAUCCUGAUGCAAUGGAGAUUAAGAGAGUCCAAAAGAAGCAUUGGCCGACCACAAACAAGAUGGCGAAAUGACAUCCAACGCCACGCAGGAAAGAGGUGGAUGCAGACAGCACAGGAGAAAAAGACAUGGAAGGAAAUGGAAGAGACCUAUGUCCAGGAGUGGAUGAAAACAGGCUACAGAAGAAGAAGAAUAUAA